AUGAUGGAGUCAUCGUCGUCAUCAUCGGCACAAGGUGUUGUUGGAUCUGUCGAUGUGGAUAGACAACAACAUAAUAUGCAACAACAGCAACAACAACAACUACAACAACCACAACGUAGCUCUGUUUUAAGUCAGAGUACAAGUAGUAAUGGUAGUGGAAGUAGUGGUAGUACAAACACAAGUCAACAGACAUUGAGUCAACAGCAACAGCAACAACAACAACAAUAUCAAACACAAACAAGUACGAGUCAAACAUUACAACCUCAAGGUAUCAUUGGCAACUAUGUAAUAGUCAAGACAAUUGGUAGAGGACAGUUUGGCAAAGUGAAGCUAGGUUAUCACAGGAAGAUACCAAAUGAGAAGGUUGCGAUCAAGAUCAUCAACAAGAGCAAGCUUGACCCAGAUACAUUGAGAAUGGUGCAGAGAGAAGUCAGGAUCAUGAAGCUACUCAACCAUCCAAACAUUAUAAAACUAUAUGAAGUGAUAGAGACUAAUAGAGCAUUGUAUCUGAUAAUGGAGUAUGCUGGUGAAGGUGAGGUGAUGGACUUUAUGAUCGCACAUGGAGUGCUGUCUGAACAACAGGCCAGAACGUUCUUUGUUCAGAUAGUGUCGGCCAUUCACUAUUGCCAUAGUAAGAGAGCCGUUCACAGGGACUUGAAGCCAGAGAACCUGCUACUAGACACCAACAGACAGAUAAAGAUCAUCGACUUUGGCCUGAGCAAUGUGUUCACGCCAGGCUCCUACCUCAAGACAUUCUGUGGCUCGCCCACCUAUGCCAGUCCCGAGCUGAUACUACGCAAGGAGUACAAUGGACCCUCGGUUGACAUCUGGAGCAUGGGAGUGGUACUCUUUGUCCUUGUCUCUGGUUGUCUACCAUUCGACGGUGACAACUACGUAGAACUCUUUCAAAAGAUCUUGGCUGCAGAGUAUACCAUGCCGAACUACUUGUCCAAUGAAUGCAAGUCAUUGAUCAGUAGGAUGUUGGUAGUUGAUCCAAAUGCUAGAGCUACAUUGGAUGAGAUCAUUAAUCAUCCAUGGCUGGCACCAGUGGUGUCAAGUCUCAACUUACAGAGCACGACAAUGACAACAGUGCCAAGCCCGAACCAAGAGGGCUUUGUAAUAGAUGAUGAUAUUGUAAAUGAGUUGGUCAGCAUUGGUUAUGACCGCGACGAGGUGUACAGCUACGUCAAACAGCACAAGUAUAACGAUUGCGCCGCCACCUAUUUCCUGCUGGCGGGCAAGAAGAGCAGAGAGAACAAUCCGGCAGUGCCAUCAUCAGACAACUUCUACUCGGAUCAGCCAUCCAUCUAUGCUCCCACCGGUGAGAAGAGUCCUUUGAUAAAGUACAAGCGACAUCAUAGAAGGAGCAACACUGUUGACAGUCCAGGCAAGCAGGCACCAGCUGGCAACAACACAACCAACAACAGCAACACAUCAAACAACAACGCAUGUAAUAAUAGUAAUCAACCUCAGCAACAACAACAACAACAACAACCGACACAUCAACAGCAACAACAACAGAAUCAACAACAACCUCAACAUGCUCGAAGCAGCUCUGUUUCAAAGCAUGGCCACCACAAUGGCGGAAGCGAAUCACCUGGUGAGUCGCCUAUGCACUCUCCAAGAUAUCGUGGAGAGGCGUUGAGAGUGAAUGAGAGACAGGGCAGACCAAUCUCCAAGAGUGCCAACACUUCAACAGCUAGCUCGCCAUCAACAUCUACAUCAUCAUCACCAAACACACAUCCAACAAACGUACCGCCACAACCAUCUCAACCAAAUAACAACAUUAGCAACAAUAACAGCAAGAACAACACACCAAGUAAACUACAGAGGAGAGCAACGACAUACAGCCUCUCGCCGAGCACAGCCACGCACGACGGCGUACCAAUACACAACAGGAUGAGGAGUAACAGUAGCAGCAUUGUGGAGUCGCGAGAUAGAGAGCUGCGCGACUCGAAUGAGGCCGCCCAGAAGAAGCUGGCCGUGGAGGAUUGGAUAAUAUUCGAGGAUUACUCGACCAACAACUCAUACACCAAUCUGCGACCAAUCCCCAAGAAGGAGAAGCACAAGUCUUCUGUGCACAACCUGCUUACCUCCUUCAAGAAUAUCCUCAAGCGAUCAGAUCAGGAGAAGUCUGCCACGACAACAUCCACAGCCUCAUUCUCCACGCCAUCAUUGGAUCACGCCACUGGACUGACAUCAUCACCUCUUGUAACAUCAUCUUCAACAACAUCGACUACAUCAACAACUUCAACUACAACAGAUCAUCAUAAUCCAGUGUCCCAGCAGGCGCCUGCAAACACAGGCACCGCACAGCAACAUCCAGUACCAAGUAUCACGACAGUUGAGGAGACUCACAACAACACCAACAAUGUCCCAUCCAUCAACACCAGCACCAACAGCAACAGCAACAGCAACACUGAGGGCGUACCAGAACCAAGAAUAGUAAGGUUCGUCUUUGGAGUGCAUACAACAUCUAUGAAGCCAGCGACAGAGAUGAUGCAACAGGUGCUAAGCAUCGUCACGGAUUGCUGCAUUCCACAUACGCAAAAGGGCGCUUACCUAUUGGACUGCGAGACAGAGGGAGUGCGCUUCUCCAUCGAGGUGUGCCGUCUGCCCCGCCUAUCAGUCAAUGGUCUGAAGUUUAAGCGCAUUGGUGGAUCGGCAUGGCGUUACAAAAGCAUAUGUAAGGAUAUCUUAGGACAUGUGAACCGAUAG